UUAAAUGACGCACGUUUGGAGGUGAACUUCUUCCCCGUGCCAAACGAGCAGGAAAAUGUCUAAAAACAGGAAAAUAGCGUUGAUAUUCGGAGGUUUUAUGACAGCCGUCGCUGCUGCGUUUUAUCCGAUAUUUUACUACCCGUUCACCCACAUAGAAGAGUACAGGGAAGUCCAAAAGGUGAACCGGGCAGGAAUUAAGCAAGCUGACGUGCAGCCUGUCGGUGUGAAGAUUUGGACCGAUCCAUUCAAGAAGUGAUUUCCGAUGGAUGUACAGUAGCUUGGUUUUGCAGUCAAGGGACUUUUUAACCAGUGGUUUGCCCCUCUGUCUCAAUAGUCAUGUGUUCGAUUGCUGUUUACACGGGCUUUAUUCCAAUGGUGUAUUAAUAUGAAAUAAGCAUGUCCUGUCAUGAUGUUUGAUAUUAAACAUGCAAGACGUAAAUAAGUUUAUCCGAGUUUUUCUGUGUGCACACAUUUGCCAGUAUCAUUGUGGGUAAAUAGGUUUUGAUUAUGUUUAACAAAGAUAAAAUGUGUUUUGAUAUCAUUUAUCUUAAUAUUCUGGACUGCAAUUACAUUUUGAAACAUUUAAAUUCAGUAGGAAUCUUAAAGUGCCUGUGACAGCAACGAGCAUGUUUAUUUCAUAUUUGACGCGGUAUUUUAUGCUCCUGAAUGAAAUGGACCUCUUGCAUGUGUGUGGAAGCGAUCGAUUUAUUUAUUCAAUUUUUUUGAAUCCCGUGCCAUGAAAAUGAGUGACUUCCUGGAUUGAGGAAGAAUGCGAAUGUGACGUCAAUACAGCCAUUACUAUAUAGCAUGCAGAAGGACUGCGGAUUCAGCUGAUUUUGCGGAUUAAUUCGUUUAUUUUUCGCAUCACGCCAGCCCAAUGUCCUGCAGGAUUUUGUUGCUGCACCAGAAGAGGCGUGUGAGCCUUUUUGGGUUUCUAAAAGUUCCCGUUCACCCCGAGAUCGGGCAAAACAAGUCCGACAACUGUGGGACCAUUGGACUUAUGAGGAAAAGGCCACUCGACCGAAGAUCUGGCGGCUUGUCACACACCAUGGUCACUUCCAUCCCCUCGGUCCUCUUCGUGUGCCCGCCAAUCGACUACUAUCCUCGGCUUGGAUUCUAACCCUGCCUGGGCCGCAGCAGGGGAACGACCAGCCGAAACUUGCUCGCCGCCGGGGGCUGGCCGAUCGGUGAAGACAAUCAACCCCGCCACUGUGCGUGUGGCAUGAGUCAG